UGACCCGAAACUCAAAGUCACCAACUUGGAUAGCUCCAUCGCACCUGUUUUAUCAGUUUUUGGCCGGAGAAACUCUUAAUUUCUGUUGCAUUUUCUUUCUCGAUCUGAAAAAAUAAAUCUAAACUAACUAACUAGCUAAUGGCAUCACCGUUGAUUGAAUUUACCGUCGUCUUCUUCAUUUUUCACCUCCACGUCAUCACCGCCACUGCCGCACACAGCGUCUCUACCGACUCCCCCUCCUCCGCCGCAACAGUACUCGUAUCCGGUGGCAAGCCUGCAAUGGUGCUACCUCUGUUUCUCUCUCGUCCAAAUUUAACCAAAACGACGUCGGAUUCUUUGAUGCUACGUCGUCUUCAAGGAUCUAAAACCAAAAAACUUCCUAAUGCUCGUAUGAGACUGUACGAUGAUCUCCUUCUCAACGGGUAUUAUACUACGAGGCUAUGGAUCGGAACGCCGCCGCAGGAAUUUGCGCUCAUUGUAGAUACGGGAAGUACUGUUACUUAUGUUCCUUGCGCUACUUGUGAGCAGUGUGGUACUCAUCAGGAUCCAAAGUUUCAACCAGAUUUGUCCAGCACCUAUCAAGCUGUAAAAUGUAAUAUUGAUUGCACCUGUGACGAUGAAAAAGAACAGUGCGUUUAUGAGAGACGGUAUGCUGAAUUGAGUACUAGUAGUGGUGUUAUUGGUGAGGAUAUUAUAUCAUUCGGCAAUCAGAGCGAACUUGUGCCUCAACGUGCUGUUUUUGGGUGUGAAAAUGUGGAAACUGGUGAUCUUUAUAGUCAACGUGCUGAUGGAAUAAUAGGAUUGGGCCGUGGUGAUCUCAGCAUUGUUGAUCAACUUGUUGACAAACAUGUGAUUAGUGACUCCUUCUCACUGUGCUAUGGUGGAAUGGAUAUAGGCGGAGGUGCUAUGAUUCUUGGGGGUAUUUCUUCCAUUUCAGGCAUGGUCUUUGCUGAAUCAGAUCCCAUGCGCAGUCAAUACUAUAACAUUGAUUUAAAGGCGAUAAAUGUUGCUGGGAAGAAAUUGCCUCUAAACCCUACAAUCUUUGAUGGAAGAUCUGGCACUGUAUUGGAUAGUGGUACAACGUACGCUUACCUACCAGAAGCUGCAUUUAUAGCCUUUAAGGAUGCUCUGAUGAAGGAACUUAAUUCCUUAAAGCAAAUUCAUGGUCCUGAUCCAAAUUAUAAUGAUAUUUGCUUCUCCGGUGCAGAAAGUGAUGUCUCUCAACUUUCAAAAACAUUUCCAACAGUUGACUUGGUAUUCGGCAAUGGGCAAAAGUUUUCAUUAUCACCAGAAAAUUACUUAUUCCGACAUUCAAAAGUGCACGGUGCAUACUGUUUGGGGGUAUUUCAAAAUGGGCAUGAUCCAACUACGCUUCUUGGAGGAAUUGUUGUUCGCAAUACCCUCGUUAUGUAUGAUCGUGAGAAUUCAAAGAUGGGUUUCUGGAAGACAAAUUGUUCUGAGCUAUGGGAAAGACAUCACAUAGCUGAUGCUCCAUCACCAUUGCCUUCAGCUUUAAAUAGAACGGACUUGAUCGCCCCACCAACAUUGUCUCCCAGCGGUUCUGGGCAUUAUGAUCUUCCAGAUGAAUAUCAAAUUGGACAAAUAACGUUUGAAAUAUUAGUGAAUGCGAACAGCUCAGCUUUGAAGCUUCACAGUGCAGAACUUGUGAAAUUUAUCAGUCAGGAGUUGGGUGCUAAUAUAUCACAGGUCCGUUCAUUGACACUUGCUUCUAGAGGAAAUGGUUCACUCGUUGGAUGGACCAUAGUCCCUUCAGGAUCUGCCAAUUAUAUUUCUACUGCAGCUGCUCUGAGCAUGAUAUCCCGGGUUGCUGAACGGCAAAUGCAGCUGCCUGAUACCUCUGGAAAUUAUCAGUUCGUUAGCUGGAAAAUUAAGCCUCCAGUAAAUCGGAAUUGGUGGCAGCAACAUUUUUUAUUAGUUGUUUUAGCUAUUAUUGUUAUGGUGGUGAUUAUUGGAUUAUCAGCUGUUGCAAUUUGGCUUAUCCGGAGAUGGAAUAAAUCGUCAGCAAACGCAUAUAAACCCGUAAAUGCAGAAACUCCUGAGCAAGAACUUCAACCAUUAUAAACUUUGAAAAAUUAUAGGUACGGGUACUUUUCCGUAAGUAUACAAGGCUAUCAUUUUUUUGAUCGAGAAUAAUGUAAAUUUUGGGAGUGAAGCUAUUGAAUCUGCCAAUUCUUUUUAACAGAAAUUAUUUAGCAGUAUAUUCAUUAAAUAGGAAUGUAUAGGAAGACCAUUUCACAGAACACAUUAUAGUUGUAGCAUGCAUUUAAAUCAAAAGUUUUAUCAACAAAAUAAUACUUGAAAUAUAUUAUUUUCUUGA